AUGUCGGGCGCUGAUAGGCGUCAGGCUGUUUUGCUGAGGCUUAGUGGUGAAUUAAAUGAAGGACAGGAGUUGAUUAAACAAAAUCUUCCUGCCAUACGAAAAUCUGUCCGGAAACUCAUUCGUAAAUUCGAUAUUUUCAACCCGGUGGACGUUGUCCGACCUCUUUGCGUUUCUUAUGCUGAUGAGGGCUCCUGCCUUCAGUUACGACUUACUCAGAAUUCAGAUUUUAUGUUCACUUCUGAGGACCUUUCUUCCAAGAGUCCUUGGGCUGACAUUCCAUUUGUAACGAUUAUUCUCGAGCGUCAGCCGUCCGCAGUUCCAGAGCAGUCUCAAAAUGAAUCGGACAAGCAUGCAGAUCCUCAAAAUGUCAACAGUGAUGCGGCAGCUAAAUUGGUUGAGUUAUCAACUAGGCUGGAGAAGGUGGAAAGUCUUCUCGAUUCUGCUAUGUGUUCUGCUACAAAGGGCUCGAAUGAUCCUUCGUUGCCUCUUGCCAAGGAAUCAACGCCAAAUUCAGGUAAUGUGAAGCAGGUGUGCACAAAAUCUCCUCCUAACGUGACUCCUCAGGCCGUUUUGGACCCCGUUGACACUACAACUGCUUCUCGCUAUCCUCCAUCUAAGUUAAUCACAAAGAAAGUCGGUUCCUCCGCCCCUAAGUCGAAGGCUGCUCCACUCAAAACAUCUGUUGGUAAGGGUGUCGCUGCUGUCACUGUUUCAUCGCGUUCUCCGCCAGGCAAUAACAUUCUCCAGGUAGUGAAAUCCACUCCAAUGUCCAAAGGCCAGCCACCAACCCAAACGAUCACUCUGAAAGCCAAUUUACCCCAAAACAAACUCAAGCGACCGCUUGCCACAAUUGGCAACAUCAACACCUCGUCAGAAGCGCCUCCGUCCAAACAACAUAUUCAGCACACUGGUCUUGGCGAUGGUUCAGAGUACGUGUGGCGAACGCCCGCUUCCUAUCUGGCCAAUUUUGACGAAACUAUUGAGUCAGUAGUGGCUGGCCUAGACGAUCCUAACGACUUUACAAUCGAGCCUCCCUCAACGCAGACAGCUUUUGAUUCCACUAUCUGUACUACUACCGUAGACUUUGAUGAAUUCGUUCACUCUCUGCCAGCCGAAAGUUUUAUGAACAGCGUCAAGAAGAAGAAAAAGAAGAAGCAACCGAUUUUACAAGAACAGCUUGUUGUAUAA